ACUCGCGUACAAUUAGCAGCAUUAGGAAUCAGCCCUCCAGCAAAUAGGGGAACUGCGGCGAACCACGUUUUAGGAGCCGGAGGAUACAAUGUUCACUAAACUCUUCCAGCAGUGGAGUUUCGCCGUGUUUCUGCUGAGCUAUUCCGUGCCCUCUUACGGGAGAUCAGUCGAGGGGAUCAGCCGCAGACUCAAACGGGCUGUAUCUGAGCACCAGCUGUUGCAUGACAAAGGCAAGUCAAUCCAAGACUUACGAAGAAGAAUAUUCCUUCAAAAUUUAAUUGAAGGUGUCAACACUGCGGAAAUCCGUGCAACUUCAGAGGUUUCACCUAACCCUAAGCCUGCUACCAACACAAAGAACUACCCUGUCCGAUUUGAAGAUGAGGGCAGAUACCUAACUCAGGAGACAAACAAAUCACAGACCUACAAGGAGCAGCCCCUGAAGGUAUCGGGGAAGAAAAAGAAAGCCAAGCCUGGAAAACGUAAGGAACAGGAGAAGAAAAAGAGGCGAGCCCGCUCAGCUUGGCUAAAUCCUGGCAUGUAUGGAAGUGGCACAACUGAGAGCCCACUCUUGGACAACUCUGUUACUACACAUAAUCACACUUUAAGGAGGCGCUGACAUUUUCAGCAAGAGAUUUUUGGAAGACAUAUUGCAGUAUUCUGUAAUAGUGAACAUAUUGGAAGUAUUAAAAUAUUUAUUACCUGUAAAUUUUUU